AUGUCUUCAAACCUUGCUCGAACCAUGCCUCCUGUACGAUCGGCUAGGGCCUCGAAGGCGUGUACCUCGUGCCGCAAGAACAAAACACGAUGCUAUACGUCCCAAGGACCCGGUAGCGGCUGUCUUCGGUGCGCGACACUAGCGCAGCCUUGCUCGCUGGAUUCCGAGCCGACAAGCCCUAAUUACAGGUCGAGCUCGUCAGCUCAUUGCCUGCCGGAACAUACUCAGAACACAAGAACCAUCGCUCUUGAGAAUGCCAUUGAUCAUGAUCCAGCUCCUGUGCUCCUCAUCAGGGAGGCUGCAUUAGACGCUGGCGUACGCUCACCGGAGCAGAAUGAAGUUCGUCCCGAAACGUAUGCCGACCCAAUAUCUUCAGGGCUGGUUUCAUCUUCUAUUGCCCACUCAUUGGUCGAACUAUUUCAUACCCACUACGGCCGAUGGGUGAAGUUUCCAGAGGAUCUCUCAACGCCGGCCCUUUUCUCACAAAUCAGACGGUCGCCGCUCCUUACGUGCAGUGUCUUGCUAAUUGCAGUCCGACACACCACGCAAGACCUUGCGGACAGACUCGCGCCUCAGUUGUUCCGAGAAGCACAACGCCUUGUUACCUCCUCGUUACUCGUGGUCCCACAGACGACGCCAUUCUUCCAGGCGGUCCUGAUCCUGAGCCUAUGGUCGACGACCAUCGGUCAAGUGCCGCUGAGCAUCGACAGCUGGCUUUUGACCGGCUAUGGUUUGCAGCAGGCAUUGAUUAGCCCGGACUUUAUGGAAGUUAUGCGACCCGACGCAGCUCUCCCAACCGUACAAGGACAUAUCGAUGCAUGGUGUCUUUGGAAUCAUCUAUGCCUAGCUCACUUGCAGCAUGCUCUCCUGGCCGACGUCGACAUCGAACGCUGCGCACGGUUUAUGCAAACGGCCAGCAUCACUAACUACGAAGCCAGAAUGAUCGCCGAGGUCAAGCUCUACUGGAUCAUCUACCGCAGGUGUUGCGGGUCGCAACCGGAUCUCAAGACCGUGAAACGUGCUCUAGCAAACUGGCAGCAAGAGUUUCUCGCACUGUUUACGCAACCUCGCUCCCAGUUCCUGCGCAUGGGCUUUCAUUUCGCGCACCUCCUCGCCUACAGCAAUUGCCUGAAAUCGGCCUCUCAAGAGUCAUCCGCCACCAUGACCAGUAGCAGCAGCAGUGCAUCCCUCGUCGCCGGAAUGCUGCCCCACGCGAAGAACAUUAUCAACCUCGCCAUCGACACCACAGACGACCGAACCCGCCACCUGACAGAUCAAAUCUACCACCUCGUCACGUUCGCGGCGCUCACCCUCUGUCGCCUCGUGCACACCUACGAGUCAAAUCUGGGUGCCACCGGCCACGAUCUGGACGCCCUGGACGGUCUGGUGGUGAACCUCGUCGACUGGCUGCGGUCGAUCGGGCUUCCAACGAGCCACACGGCGUAUAUGCUGGGCGACAUUGUGUUCGCGCGGUUUGUCAAAUUGCGCCCACAUUCGCGAGUGCUGGCGUCGAGCACCGCCGGGAGAGUGGGAGGGGAUGAGGAGGGUGUCGGCUUGGCGCAAUCGCUUCUCCAUGACAGGUCUUUCUCAGAUGAGGUUCCGGCGCUUGCGUAUCCGGGCUUUAUGGGGCUGGAGCUUUUUGACAUGGGGCUGGGCGGGGCGGAGGUGUCGUGGCCGCAAUGGGAGGGGGAGAUGUAUUCGUCGACGUAG